AUGUACCGGCAAAUAUUAAUAGAUCCUUCUCAAACCAGUUUGCAGAGAAUACUAUGGCGAGAUGACUUCAAGGACGACGUAGAUACUUACGAACUGACUAUCGUAACAUAUGGCACAUCUUCGGCCUCUUACUUAGCCACUAGGUGCCUCGUACAUCUAGCUGAUCAGCAUUCACCGCAAUAUCCCGUUGGCUCUGCACGCGUUAAGCGCGACUUCUACGUCGACGAUCUGCUCACAGGGGCAGACACUCUUGCUGAAGCAAGGUCAAUUCGCAACGAGAUCAUCCAGCUGCUGCGGUUAGGCGCGUUCAAGCUUAGCAAAUGGGCGUCGAAUUGCCCUGAGCUGCUCGAUAUUACAGACAGCCGAGAUAAAGAAUUAGUCACUAUUGACAAUGACGCCAACUCGCGUGUUCUCGGGAUCCAGUGGAGUCAAUCCAAGGAUAUGUUUCGCUUUUCUUACGAUACUACCGGCACGCACGAUGUAAUCUCAAAACGCACUAUAAUAUCGGAAGUAUCUAGGCUAUUUGACCCACUUGGUCUGUUGGGUCCAAUUAUCGUCAUAGCAAAGCUCGUUCUUCAAGAGCUUUGGCGAUCGAGCAUACACUGGGACGAGUCAGUCCCUCAGGACAUUCAUACUCGCUGGACCCGCCUCAAAUCUCAAUUGGUCACAUUAAACCAGUUGCAGAUUCCGCGACACGUUAAAUUUAGCUCGAAUGCAAGGGACGUGCAAAUACACGGAUUCUGUGACGCCAACUCCACUAUCACAUUGAAUUGGAUAACCUUCUUGAACCGCAAAUGGUCAGUGUUCGUAGCUAAUAAGGUUGGCGAAAUCCAUCGUCUGACCGAGAUCUGCAACUGGCAUCAUGUCGCCUCCUCCGAUAAUUCCGCCGACAUUUUAUCACGUGGCUCAAGUCCACAGGAGCUGGUCCACGACACAAUGUGGUGGCACGGGCCUCCAUUCUUGCAAUUUUGCGAAAAUCGCUGGCCCCGGAGCAGCUUUGCGUCACUAGGAGAUGACGUUCCCGAGCAAAGAAUGAUCAUUACAACCAUCGCCACAUUGAGCGAGUGCGUUGUCAGUGACUUACUAGGCAGAUGUUCCAGCCUGACGAAGGUAUGCCGUAUCGUGGCGUAUUGUUUUAGAUUCUCCAAGAAGCACCGCACGAAGGCUUACACAGAAUUCGUGUCUCCCACUGAAAUAUCAUUCGCAACCGAUGUUGUUUGCAGAGCCGUACAACGUAGAGCUUUUCCUGCCGAAUAUAAGGCACUAAGCGAGGGAAGAGCUAUUAGCACGACAAGUCGCUUACUAUCAUUGUCUCCGUUCAUUGAUUGUUUCGGGUUGAUCCGGGUCGGUGGCCGAUUAAAAAACUUAAGUCUGCCAUUCGAUGCCCGUCAUCCGGUUUUGUUGCCGGCAAGGCACAACUUAACGCGACGCGUGAUAGAAUAUGAGCACAUACGCAACUUGCACGCCGGCGUUCAAGCCACCAUGGCGGCCAUUAGACAGAGAUUCUGGCCUCUAUCAUUACGUUCAAGCACCCGAAAGAUUGUUCAAGGAUGCGUAAUUUGUUUUAAAGUUAAACCGCGUACGUCCGAGACUAUAAUGGGACCACUUCCCACAAGUCGAGUCACCGUUUCCCGACCAUUCUCGCACUGCGGGGUCGAUUACGCCGGCCCGGUAAUACUACGAGAAGGAAAAAGACGUAACGCGAAAAACCAUAAGGCCUACAUCUCAAUUUUUGUCUGCUUCUCUACCAAAGCGAUCCAUAUUGAGCUUGUGAGCGACUUAACUACUGAUACGUUUUUGACUGCGUUUAAACGUUUUAUCUCACAAAGAGACAAGCCUUCUCACAUGUACUCCGACAACGGAACCACCUUCGUCGGUGCGCAAAACCAGUUGAAGGAGUUAUAUGAGUUUUACAACAAGGUACAGACGCAGUCCGAGAUUCGACAAUCUCUAUGCAAUCAGCAGAUUUCUUGGAGUUUUAUUCCGCCCCAUGCCCCCCACUUUGGCGGUCUGUGGGAGGCUGGGGUCAAGUCCGCGAAGUAUCAUAUGGCCCGCAUUAUCGGUAAGGCCCACUUAACCUUCGAGGAGCUGCAAACCGUGCUUUGCGAAAUCGAAGCAAUCCUCAAUUCGCGUCCUAUUACUUCGCUAAGCGCUGAUUCGGACGAUUUAUCGUAUCUUACCCCAGGUCAUUUUCUGGUUGGCGCCGCCCUGAAUAGUUUCCCUUGCACCGAUGUGAGCGAUAUCAACGAAAAUAGACUUUUACGAUGGCAAACAGUCGAACAAGUCAGGCAGCACUUCUGGCGCAGAUGGAGCAACGAAUAUCUUCAUUCCCUACAGGAGCGAUCUAAGUGGAAAAUCAGCAAGGGCAUUCAACUGCAACCUAAUCAAGUCGUGCUCGUGAAGCUACAAAACUUAGCGCCACUGCAAUGGUCGAUAGAACGCGUCCAGGUGCACCCCGGCGAGAACAAUAUUGUGAGGACCGCAAUCAAGACGAGCAAGGGCGCGUUUGUGAGACCGUUGUCGAAAUUGGCAAUACUGCCUGUAGAUUAG